CUGAAGGUAUAUUAUUUUUUUGUUAUGACUUGUCUUUUUAACGUUCCUUUGUUUGUUACAGACGGGGAGGUGUCCUUACUAAGUUAAUUAAUAACGUUGGAUAAGAAUGGAUGACUGGUUCUUUAAGUGGGGAGUUUAAGGACAUUGCAAAGAUGAACGUAUUGCUUCUUAAGGAGCCUCGGGACGCAGAGGCUGGACCUGAUCCUUAUAUCAAGCUUUUCCAACCAGAGAAAUAUGGCGGUCUUAUAUUUACCAGUCCAAGAGCAGUGGAGGCUGUGAAAAAGUGUUUAGAAGCAGAAGAAAGAAGAGAAGAAUGGAACAAUUCUGUAAGAGACAAGUGGAACGCAAAGUCCGUCUAUGUGGUUGGCAAGGCAACCGCUGCAUUAGUUGAAGAUCUGGGCCUGAAUCCUUUAGGAGAGGACACGGGAACUGCGGACGUCUUAUCACGUGUAAUCAUUGAACGAGAGAGCACAAAUAUCCCACCACUCCUUUUCCCCUGUGGCUCCAUCAAAAGAGAAGUCUUGCCCACGGCUCUGAGGGAAAAUGGAGUUCCUCUGGAGACGCUGACUGUCUAUCAAACGUCUGAACAUCCCGAUAUUAAGAAAAAUCUGAAGAACUAUUUUACAGAGCAGGGCACGCCAGCAAGCAUAGCUUUCUUCAGUCCCUCGGGAGUAAAGUUUUGCUUGGAUGUGGUGCAGAAGCUGUCAGUUUGCAGCUAUUGGGCCGACUACACAGGAUGCCAUGACAGCGGAAGGGCUUUGCGUGAAUACGGCUUCAUCCGGUCAGUUAACUGGGAAGAGGUCCAGUUUGAGGAUUCGGAUGAUUCUUUUGAGGAUCAAUUCCCGGACGACUUUGAGGCCACAAUCCAGGAGGCGAUUGCGUCGGCUCCAUCAAGGGCCGCCCCUCCAAGUGGACAUCCAGACAGUCCCACGGGUCAAACUGAAAAGCACUCAUUUAUAUCAGCGCUCCAAGAGUUCCAGAGGGUGUCAGGUCUGCCUGUUACCGGGGUGUUUGACGAGGCCACCAAAGAGGUGAUGAACAAACCGAGGUGUGGAGUCCCUGACGUGGAGCCAGACCUGACCCCCCAUGCAGCAUCUGAGAACAGUCACGGUGACGCUUUCAAUGAGACUGACGGCAACAACACAGCGAGCAACACAACCGGCGGCUCCACUAAUUCCUCUGAGGAGGACGCGUUCAGCUUUAAUGACACAGAAACUGAUCCCGUGGCCUUUUCAAAUGACACCAUCACCACUAAUGUUACAUCUCUAAACUCGUCUGACGCCGACGUGGGUGGUCGGAUGGGAAACACCAGUGAGAGUACGAGUCGCAGUGAGGCAGCGAGAAGCAGAAAGAAACAUCUGGCUGUUCUUGUGUCAAAAAGCAGGCACAAGAGAGAUUUGAGUCUAACGGGUUUCAUGGCGUUUUCUAAGGACGUGUUGAGGUGGAGGCUCAUCGGAGAAGGCUACAGCAGUCAGCUGACUGUGGACGAGCAGAGGUACAUCUUCAGGAUGGCUUUUAGGAUGUGGAGUGAGGUGUCACCCCUGGAGUUUGUGGAGGAUACUCGGUCCCGCUUGGAGGAUGUCGAUAUCAAGCUGGGCUUUGGCACAGGAAGACAUCUGGGAUGCAAUCAGAAGUUUGAUGGCACCGGUCAAGAGUUUGCCCAUGCGUGGUUCCUUGGAGAUAUACACUUUGAUGAUGAUGAGCAUUUCACUGCUCCCAAUGCCGGCAGUGGAAUCAGCCUUCUCAAAGUAGCGGUGCAUGAGAUCGGCCAUGUUUUGGGACUUCCCCACAUCUACAGACCUGGAUCCAUAAUGCAGCCCAGCUAUCUGCCCAACGAAGCAGGCUUUGAGAUGAACUGGAUGGACAGAAAAGCUAUACAGGAUCUUUAUGGUAGCUGCAAGGGUCGGUUCAGCACAGUGUUCGACUGGAUCAGAAAGGAAAGGACAGCGCGUGGGGAGGUGAUGAUCCGCUUCAAUACGUACUUCGUGAGAGACGGCUGGUACUGGCUGUACGAGAACCGGAGCAACAGAACUCGUUAUGGCGAUCCGGUCCCACUCCAGAUUGGAUGGCACGGGAUUCCAAAAGAUGGAGUGGAUGCAUAUGUGCAUGUGUGGUCUAGAAAAAGAGAUGCUGUUUACUUCUUCAAAGGUACUCAGUUCUGGAGGUACAAUAAUGAGAAAGACCACACAUUUAGACAGGACUCAGAAGGUCAUCGAUAUCCAAGGGCCAUUUCUCUCGGUUUCCCAGGGGUGCCUAGUCCCAUUGACACAGCCUUCUAUGACAGAAGGGAUUCCCACAUCUAUUUCUUCAAAAACAAUCUAGUGUUUGCAUUCAGCGUAGAGGCCAACAGCUUGGCAAGAGGCUUCCCCAAAAACAUCCGAGAUGUUUUCCCUCCCGUGGAGAGCAGGGACCAUCCAGAUGGCAACAUCGACGCGGCCUACUACUCCUAUAGCCACAAUGCCCUCUUUCUACUCAAGGCCACGCGUUUCUGGCAAGUGGUGAGCAGCCGCGAACGCCGGCGCCGGCCCUUUCUGCCCAGAAACGGCCUGCUGCCACACAAGGAGCUGGAUCAGGAGUGGUUCGACAUCUGCGACGUGCAUCCCACCGCACUCAAACUCACUCGCUGAGGGGGCUGCUGCGGAGAUGUAAUACAUCCUACUCAUGUCUACAGAUGUGCUCUGCUGAUUAACCUCUAGGUAUACAUGCUGCCAUAUGUUUGGAAAAUCCAUUAUUUGUCUCUUUUUUUGACUGGGUAAGCAAUCUAAAACACAACAACAACUUUGUUGGCUUAUUUUUACUGACUGUUUGUGUAAGUGUCUGUUUAUUUUUGGAGAUGAGGGUUAUAAAAAUAUUCUCAAUAGAUAUCUGGGGCAUUCGUGAAAAUGCAGCUCUGGAAUAUUUAUGUUUUGAGUUUAAUAAUGUUUCAUUUUACUCAAAAUUAGAUACAAAAUUUGGGCACCCCGCGUGAUCAAAACUGCUGAUCAUCAAAAAUGGAAUACAUUUACAAAAGGUGUUGAAAAUAAAUUACUUGAUUUUUGAAAGACAAAAUGUUUAAGAUCUAACAUAUCUGAAUAACUUUAGCAGUUUACGAGUGCAAGAGAUGAAGAGAAGCCGUGUGUGUACUUGGCUACCAUAAGUGUGGCAGCUUGUAAUUUUUUUUCAAUCAUAAUCUUUCAGUUGGAGGUGAUUU